UUAAAAGGCAUCCCUUACGCCUUUGAAAAGUGUAGAGUAUCACGAAGUGUCUGUGUUCAUUUUCUGACCGUAAACUGAAAUACUGGUGAAUGCACGCGGGGCGCAAGCUGGUGAGCGGGGCGGCCGGCCGGUGCCCGCUGCAUCCAGAGGGGGCGCUGCAGGCCUCCCUUCGGUCGCGCACGGCCCAGGCCCUCCGCGACUCUGCAACUCUGCACCCCGAAAGGUUCGGCGCUGGCCCGCAGGGCGUCCAACCCGUGACCGAGGGCGACCCACGGAAACUACCGCCUAUGAGCCUGUCAUCAGAACCUGUGGCACAACACAGGCCAGAAACACCAGCAUCCAAGAUGACGGCAAUUUUCUGUUUAUGGACUGAGUGCCCCACAAAGGAUCUUAUUCUGAAGGCCAUGGAACAUGUCUACCCACAUGGCUCAAGUGGGCAGCCUGGAGGAGAAACAGUUUAAAGGCCCUGGGGGAAGCGGGGAGCCCCAGGGAGAGCUCCCCAAGACAACAGGAAUUCCAAGUCUGACACUCGGGAGAAAUCCUCCCUUCAGACAUUAUUGAUGUCUGGCCGAGUAAUUAGGAAAAACUUCCUUGAAGGAGGGAUUGAGGUUGAGAUGGGCAUGGAACCCAGAUCUUAGAAAGCAUAUUUCUGUUUGGAAGAACCCUGAGUACAGAAGUCAGCUCAAAGAUAUCAGCUUGGCCCAACCAGGAAUUUGCUGUCGGAAGUCUGAGAGAAAUGCUGGCCACAAUCCCCCAGGAGCCAAAGAGUUAACGAAUCUUCUAAAUGUGCCUGAUUUACUUCCAGAAAGGAGCUUCCUCCACAGGGGGAGAAUUUGACCCAAGGUAUAAAACACUCAGAGCCCUGAGAAAACACACAGCCACACAUAAAUCCAAAGCCUGCUCUGGCUUGCUCGAAGUUGCACCCUUUCAGUUCCUCCAGGCUGAUGUUAUCCUGAGCCGUGCAGGAUCUCAUGCAGUAGUCUUCCCUCAGCCAGUGGCUUAUCACACAUUCUUGUCACAUUCCAAGUCUAACACAGUUCCGCCUCACAAUAAGACCUCAGAUUUGUGCAAAAAUUCAUGUAGAAAGCUCUGCAUUUAUUAUCUUGCUGAUUCACAACAGUGGUAUGGGAUCUGCAGGGACGGUACCACAGAUUCAAUAACCGUAUUUUUCUAACCCCAGUUUGAGAACCAUAAUGUGACAAGUGCAGGAUAUUUAUGGAGACAACAAGACACAACUGGGACUGCCACUUUCAAGAGCCAUCAUUGUAGAUUCAAAUCAACUAAAAACACUUCAUAAUGGGAGAAACUUGGUUGAACAGAGGAGCACAUGUUAACGAAGGGGUUUUGGUUGAGAAACUUACCGAAUCAGUAGGACAGGACCCUAAAAAAGGCUACUGUGACUGUAGACUGAGGGGAAGUACCAAAAAUAAGCUAAUCUUACUCUAUUCUGCUAGUUAGAAUUCACAGAAAGCAUUUUAUUCUGUUCUACAGAGCAGAUAGAUAUUGAAACACAGAGACGAAUAGGAAUGUGUUCAGAGAAGAUCAACUAAAUGAAUUGCAAAUUGAAGGUGUAACAGCUCUUGUAUUUUAAGCUCCUACCAUGAGCAUGGAUCUUCACCCAACAUAGCCCUGAUCCUCACAGUAGCCUGACUAGACAAGUAUUUUCACUCACAGAUUUCAGAGAAAGAUACGGCAGCUCGGUAUGCUGCGUGUUAGGAUGUGAAGGGGCUGGGAACUGAACGCAGAUGUGCCUGGCUCCAAAGCUGGCCUUCUUUCCACUACUCCACACUGCCUCCCUGUUUGAAAUCGCUGGGCAUAUUUAGUUUGAAGAAAAGAAGCCUUGUGGAGUAAGUAGAAGAAGGAAAUGUGUUAGUGGUCCUCAAAUAUUUGUGGAAGCAGCAUUAGACAUUUUAUUCUGUAUGGCUCCAAUGAGUGCAAAUUGUAGAGAAACAGAUGUCGAUUCAACAUAAAGAAUUUUCCAACAGUAGGGGCUGUCUAGAGGGAUUGGGUGGCUCAGCCAUUUGGGGACAGGACAAAUUCCCUGUCCACUGGCGGCUGGGUAACCCUGUGGCAGGUAUGCAAGCUCUGCAUAUAAGACUGAAUGAAUGAUUUGCAAGGUCUUUUCCCAUCCGAGGUAAAGUAAGGCUCCAAGAUGAACUGGAACUUGGCCAAGGUGAUCCUCUACUGAAGGGACAAAUCCACAACUCAGUCUUCCCUAGUUAUGUCCCUCAGCCCAGAACCCUUGGUAUGACAUGCUGCUUCAUACUGAGGGCAAAACAAAUUGAAGACAUUAUCAUCAAUAAAAUCACAUCAACCUCGCUCUCAACCAAAUUAACCAAUAUGGCCGGGAGCAGUGGCUCACGCCUGUAAUCCCAGCACUUUGAGAGGCUGAAGCAGGCGGAUCACUUCAGAUCAGGAGUUUGAGACCAGCCUGGCCAACAUGGUGAAACCCCAUCUCUACCAAAAAUACAAAAAUUAGCCACGUGUGGUGGUGUGUGCCUGUAGUCCCAGCUACUUGGGAGGCUGAGGCAGGAGAAUGGCUUGAGCCCCGGAGGUGGAGGUUGCAGUGAGAUGAGAUGGCGCCACUGCACUCCAGCCUGGGCGACAAAGCGAGACUUCAUCUCAAAAACAAAACAAAACAAAAACAAAUUAACCAAUAUAUCCCUGAAGCAACUGGUGUCUUCCUCUUCAGGCCCAUUUUUGAGUAAAAGUCUUUGGCUGUAAAAAGCUCAAAAGAUGAGUGGUAGACGAGGGAAGCAGUGGAACUGAAUAAUCUCUUACCCAAAUAAGAUGACCCUAAGUGACAGAUGGUUGUUUCUCCAGGUGACAGCGGGCACCCCAAACUAUCUUCACACACCCUCUGCAUUACUCCACACAUCCCAUUAUCCCACAGCUGGUACUGCUUCACCAGAUACUCCUACCCCACUAUCCCGCACCUAGAGGACAUUUUAUCCACUCAAACAGAUAAACAGGCUGAAGGAUUCUAAUUAAGUAAUAGAAUCUUGCAUUUUUAUAGCUCUUUACCCUUUCACAGAUAUUAUCUCAUUUGUCCCUCACCACAGUCCCCUAAGGAAAAUAGCUACUUUCUUUCAGGCAAGCAAUUUCCUAGCUGCCUGGGGAGGCAAGGGCUUCAGCACAAGCACAGUCGGUCUUUCUCGCCUUUUUUUUUUUUUUUUUUUUUUUUUUUUUUUUUUUCUGUUACUACUUUCCCACCUUAGAUUAUGCCUCCAGUCAGAA